AUGGUGUUUGGUGCAGACCACAUAAGAGUAGACUCACAAGACAAUCUCGUCCAAUCGGCAUCGCACCAACGUUCAGUCGAUUUCAUCGCGAUCCAAGAAGAAGUGCUGUUCUGGUCCUCCCGUGGAGCUAAGCUGGAGCCAAGAGAAUACAUACAAGGGUACGAUAAAUGGCAGGAUUAUCCGGUUAAUCCUGGUGAUGUUCCCACUCUUGUGCUUGGCUUGGUGGCAGAAAACAGCAAGUCUCUGCAUCCUGCGUCCAGAAUCUCGGUCGACGUUGUCUUGACUUCAGAGACGCUGCGAUGCAGCAUGAUGGGGACAGGUCUGUGCGCCAACCCCAACUGUGAGGUUGACCGAGUCGCCGCUUACAUUGCGUAA